AUGAAUAACCAAGGAGUUCUAGCCAAUCCUAUCAGAGGAAAUUUAGGUGAUCAACUUAGGUUGCAGCCUCCGAGGGUUGGUGAUGAGAAUAAUCUGGUUCAAGGCAAAAAUAUACUCAGAGAUAUAGUGAGGGUACAUGAUCCACCUGGACCAAGACUGCGUGAUAACUAUAGGGUCAACUUUAAUGCUACUGAAUCUGACGAACCUCUUGCUCUACCCCCUCUACCUCCGAGGCAUACAUUCGUGGUGACUAGCAGUUUGAUGCAGAUGCCUACAGUGAGGGGUUUGUUCUCUUGUUUGGCAUCAGAGGAUCCACAUGCGCACGUAGCUAGGCUAAUAAGUGUUUGCAAAAGUUGUGUGGGUCGACCGGACUUGGACAUGGAUGCCAUUGGAUUGAGAGUAUUCCCUCUAUCAUUGACCGGCGAUGCUGCUGUGUUGUUCACUGCUUUCAUAAGAGGUGUCUCGAAUCACCGCAUUGAUGAUGAAUCACUGAAGGAAUACUUCUACCGAGGUUUGGAUGACAAAAGUAAGCCCGUGCUCGAUACCAUCGCUAGAGGUUCAUAUGUCCAAGUUGCACCUAACCAAUCUGCUGAUAAUAUUCGUGAGGAAAUGGCUCAGAUGAGGACAAAACUGGGGUUGGUCCUGAAGCAUGUGAGUGGAUGUGCAGAAAAGGUAAAUGCGGUCAAUUACUUGACCAAGACUCUAACACCACCGGAGGAGGAAUAUUACUACGAGGAGGAUGCUUAUUUGGUGAAUGAUCAGACAUGGGGUUUUCGAGCCAAUGCCCAAGGUUCCAACUUGGAUAAUUGGCACCAAGAGCAAGAAAACCAAGGUCGAAACUAUGGCAACUAUAAACGAGAAGGUCAAUAUGUCCGGGAUGGGAACUUCAAUCGUGACAACAAGUACAACCGGAACAAUUAUGGCAACAAAAAUGAUCAGGAGAUGCGAAAUGACUUGUCUAGUAUUGGUCAAAAAGAUGAUGACCAUGCAGUGUCAAUCAAGCAUCUUGAGCAGCAGAUGACUCAGUUAUCCACCACAACCAUUGAUCCACCUAUGCCAUCUGGGGUUGAAGUAGAGGUUAGUAAAGAUGAUCAUGUGAUUGAGGUAAAUGAAAAGCCCGAGAAUGCAACAGAGAAGGAAUUGGAGAUAACUCAGAAAGUUGUCCCCAUGCCUAAACCUCCACCUCCUUUCCCACAGAGGUUAGUGAAGAAGACUGAAGAAGGCAAAUACAGCAGAUUUAUUAGUAUAUUAAAGCAACUUUCCAUCAAUGUGCCAUUGAUAGAAGCUUUGGAGCACAUGCAUGUGUAUGUGAAGUUUAUUAAGGACUUGGUAACUAAAAAGUGGGCCGUGAGUUUUGAAGAUGAUGAUAAGUUGCAACAUUGUAGUGUUAUUGCUACAAGGUCCCUUGUGAAGAACAAGGAAGAUCCUGGGGCUUUCACUAUUCCUUGUACCAUUGGGUUGCUACAAUUUGCAAAGGCAUUGUGCGAUUUGGGUGCUAGUAUAAAUCUGAUGCCAUCGGCUAUUUACAAGAAGUUGGGUUUAGGGGAUCCAAAACAGACUGUGAUGAGACUGCUUAUGGCCGAUAGAACUAUGAAGAAACCCAUUGGGGUGGUCCAAGAUGUACUAGUGAAAAUGGAGUCUUUUAUCUUUUCGGUGGAUUUUGUGAUACUUGAGUGUGAUGUUGACUUUGAGGUUCUGAUUAUCCUUGGGAGACCAUUCCUAACCAGUGGGCGAGCCUUGGUUGAUAUGGAGAAAGGGCAGAUGAAGUUCCGAUUGAACAAUGAAGAGGCAACUUUCAAUAUCUCUAGGUCCAUUAAGUAG